AAAGCUUAAAAUUUUUCAGUGAAACGGAAAGGAAAACAUACAGAGAGCUGCAAAGAUUUCUUGAGAAAGAGAUGAUGGAAGAUUUUGAGAAGAAAGCAGUUUUAACAGAUGAAAUGGAGACUGAGAACGGUUGCGACUCAGCGAAAACUCUAGGUUUGCUCAGGCAAUUUCUCCAAAUUCAGCAACGAAGAGCCGAAGCUUAUUCAAAGCUCAAACAGGGAUUUGCAGAUUAUAUGGUUUCUGGAAGCGAGACUAUAUACCAGCAACUUUGUCAAGAAAUAACAUCGGAAUUCAAUGAAUGCUCAAAACAGAUUCGUGAAAUGGAGUCCACAUUUAUGAGUCCCGACUGCCUCAGGGAUGAUCUGGCUCGACUUCUUAGAUCUGUUCAAGUACAGGAGAAGCAGAAAUUAGAGCUGACAGCCAACAUUCAAGUAUUAAAGAAGGCUGGACGACCUUCAGAACGGCUGGUAAGCCAUGAAAACUGCAGAUUCAAGAAGCCAAUGGAGCACGAAUGUGUUCAUCUCCACGAGAUAACUGAAGCUGCUGGUACUGAAGAUGCUGAAGCAGAUGCAGAGUACGAUAACAGCUUGAAGGAAGCCAUUAGAGGUGUCCAGGAUACAGUAACUGUAAUCAACGAACACCUAGAAGAGGUUAGAUACGAGAUUGAUGCCCUUGAAAGCCAAUCCGAAUGACUCCUUGUGAUUUCAGUAGAGGUAAAAUCGUCAAAACAUCCCUUCUUUUGGUAAAGUUGCUCAAACAUCUAUUUAUGAGUGACAUUGCAACUAUAUGGGUAGUUCUUAUGGAUUUGAUACAUUAGAUGAGUCGAUCAAAGCGCAUAAAUUUUUUGUUUUUGAAUUCAUUCUUGAUACAAUUUUUGGGUGUUUGUACUAAAACCAUUAACAAAUUUAUAUAUUUUCUUCA